GAUAGUAAACUGACUGCUCCAUAUUUUGCCGCUGUUCGGAAUAGAGUGGCUUCACGUCUCUCUUAUCCUCUCCUUUUCUCCACAGUCACCUGCUCUGCGGGUCUAGUCUGUCUGUCUCUUCUAGCUGGAGGAAGUUCAACUUGGUAUCACCAGAAGAGUAGCAUCAGUAGGUUGAACCAGCCUUCACCUACUACUCAACAUUGUGAGGGGAAAAGACAUUUUUGCACCAUGGACUCUCCCGUCAUUGGUCCUUCGGGCAAGCACGAUGCAACGGUGAUAUUCCUACAUGGACUAGGAGACACAGGACAUGGGUGGGCUGCUGGAUUCGAAGCCAUCAAGGAGCCUAAUAUCAAAUACAUAUUUCCCACUGCCGCGCCAAUGCCAGUAACAUUAAAUGGAGGUGUUCCCAUGCCGAGCUGGUUUGACAUCGUCAGUCUAGACCACAACGGGAAGGAGGACGAAAAGGGAGUGAAGAAAGCAGCUGCAGAGUUGUUGGAAAUGGUAGACAAGGAGUCGGCGGCGUCUGGCCUGCCACACAACAAGAUCAUGAUCGGAGGUUUCAGUCAGGGGGGAGCGACUGCACUGUAUGCCCUGGUGACAGCCCAGAAGCAAUUGGGAGGAGUUGUGGCACUCAGUGCGUGGCUGCCUCUUCACAAGCAGCUGGAGAAAGUGGAAAUCGCUCACAAGGGUGUAGCGGUGCUGCAAUGCCACGGGGACUGUGACCCCAUGGUCAGCUUCACCUUCGGAGACAUGAGCAACAAGAUGCUGGUGCAGAAGGGUAUGACCAAAUGCACCUUCAAACCAUACCCAGGAAUGUCACACGGAUCAUCUGCAAAGGAAAUGAAUGACGUGAAGAACUUCAUCGAGACUACACUCCUCUGAUUCAUCUACUUCUUCUUCACACAAUCUCUCGAUGCAGGCACUAGAUACGGAGAGGGGAGGAAGGGAGACUAUUAUGGGUUAACACUGAUACAUGAACUCUGUAAUUAAUACACUCACUGCGACUACCUCUCCGGGGAAGGGUUGGCUGGACUGAUCUUUCCAACAACUAGCCAGUCCAUUUGUAAAUUCCAGUUCUUUAUCUGAAUGAUUGACGAUCCGUACCAUCCGAAAAACUGAUAGACUUUUAGUUGAUUCUACUGCCUAUCGAUUAAUUAUAUAUAUUACUUUGCAAUACGGGAGAGUUGUUUUUGAUUUAAGUAGUUAUUUUCAUCUUUCUGAUGAGUAGGAGAAAUAUUGCAUGGCUAAUAUGUUGCGUAAUAUUAAUAUGUUGCAAGUCAGAAAUGGUACAGAGUUUGAUUAAUAGACCAUUUUUGCGGCAAAUUGUCCAGGGCGCUUAUUUAUUAUGUGGAGUCCAUUUUUGUUGAUUCGUUGUACUUAUUUUUGAUGCGAUAGUUUCAAAAUAGUCUGAAUUAUAUUUGAACUUGUCAAUUGGCAAAUUGUGCAUAAUUGA